AACUGUGUCCUGCUUAUUUCAACAACAUUUGUUUUGCUCUUGAUGUAAAUCGGUAGCGAAUUUGAUUUGAUAUUAAAUUUUCAUUGCUCUUGGUUUUGUAUGCGGCUAGUCACUGUUAUUUAAAAACUGUGUAAUUGUAUCUCUUCAUAAGCUCAUCAAUCGUUUAAAAAAGUAUAAUAAGCCAUGGAUAAUGGAGAUGCAGCUGCUGGUCUUAGCGAUUCUUUUCUUGCCUCUGGACAGUACAUUGUGCAGGCUGAAGAUGGUGAUGAAACUCUAGGCAUAUCCGGAGAUAGCAUGGAUGCUGGUGAUAAAGAUGGAGAACCAUUAAGAGAACAGGAUCGAUUUUUGCCUAUUGCAAAUGUUGCUCGUAUAAUGAAGAAUGCUAUUCCUAAAUCAGGAAAGAUAGCAAAAGAUGCUAAAGAAUGUGUUCAAGAGUGUGUCUCAGAAUUUGUCAGUUUCAUAACUAGCGAGGCUAGUGAUCGUUGUCACCAAGAAAAAAGAAAAACCAUAAAUGGUGAAGAUAUUUUAUUUGCAAUGUCAACUUUAGGUUUUGAUAACUAUGUGGAACCUUUAAAAUUGUAUCUUCAGAAAUAUCGAGAGUCUAUGAAAGGGGAGAAAUCAAUAAGUACUGCCACAGCCACUGAUUCUUCAAUGGAUGAUCUAGAAGAUGGCUCUUAUUCCUCUCAGACGUUAACAGCAGCCAUGAUGACUGAUCAGUCGGGACAAAAUGUUAUUUACACAACUUCUUAUCCUGCUCAGGAUUUGAAUUUGCUGUUGUACAAUAAUCAGUCGUAGUGCAGAAUGAUUUAAAAAAAGUUUUUUCUUCAAGCUGUGUAAUAAAUUGAAACAUCUGAAGAUCUCCUGAAAGAUUGCUUCAGAAAGAAAUAAUUUUGCUCUUAACAUCUAUUAAAAUCUUUAAUUGGCAAAAACUCUUAUUAAGCUAUUUUUCAUAAGUUUAUCUUUUUGUUUGUUUGUUUAUGCAUAACUUAAAUUGCAGUGAUAAUUUUUUAAACAUCUUUGUGCAAUUUUUCCUGUUAUAAAUACAAUUUAAUUUGUUAUUUAUGAGUGAGAAUUUCCAUCUUAUUUACUUUCAGUUUUUCUUAAUUUUCU